AUGGCCAUCACCAAGAUCUUUACUGAGUCAGUUCUCGCAAGAUAUGUUCGAACCAUCAAGGCAACUCCACGGGAUUUAAUCGUCAAUCGAACCCUUCUCUUCUCCUGUGCAGUCUAUGCUCUAGCCGGCCUUCCGACAACCUGGGACCAAGGAUCAUCUUCUGUUGUCCCAUCGCUCCCAGGCUUCCAAAAGCAAUUCCACAUCGAGUCAGGUGCCAAAGCCGAUGAUAUCCAAAACUUCAUCUCGAUUAUCUAUAUCGGGUAUGCCAUUGGUGCGGCAUUGUCAUUCUUUAUCAACGACCGCAUAGGCCGUCGCUGGUCGUUUCGUUUCUACACGGCUAUCUGGAUCGUCGGUCAAGUCAUCGCUACUCUUGCGCCUGCCUGGCCUGCCUUAUAUACAGCACGAAUUAUAUCCGGUAUCGGCAUCGGCUCCCUGAGUGUCACUGGGCCGAUGUCAAUCGUCGAACUCGCACCCAGCGAGAUUCGGGGUCUGCUCACAGCUUGGUACACAGUUGUAAUGGGAGUCGCCCUGUUCACCUCAAUUUUCUCCGUAUAUGGAAUUUUCUUGCAUAUGCCCUCCAGCAAGCUGCAAUACCAGAUAGUCUGGUUCUCACCGGCUGUUUUUAUGGCGUUGGCUAUUGUCGCAAGCUUCUUCGUUAGUGAAUCUCCCCGGUGGCUCAUGAUGGUUGGUAAGCGGGAGGAAGCUGCCUCUGUCCUGGUAGACCUACGACGUCUGCCAGCGAACCACCCUCGGCUACAAAAGGAAAUCAUGGACAUCGAAGAUUCUGUCACCGGAAUCGGAUCCAGCUUCGCUGGAAUAGUUAAGGAGACGUUUAUUGUUCCUUCUAACCUACGUCGCCUCCAACAAGCUCUGCUUUCCUACGCGUUGGCUCAACUCUCAGGUGCGAACUCAGUCACAUCAUAUUUUAUCCCUAUUAUGAGCAUCAUGGGCAUAGGAGGAGGUACAUCCGAGAGUAUGUUCUUGAGUGGCAUGUACGGCUUCUCCAAGUUCAUAUUCAGCCUAGUUGCGUCUUUCUUUUUUAUUGAUGCCCUCGGAAGACGCCGAUCUCUCUUCAUCGGUAUAACACUGCAACUUAUCUCACAUGUGUACAUCGGAGUCUUUAUCAAGUACCAUCAGGAAGGUCCUGUAUCCUCCUCUGCAUCUCAAGCCGCUAUUGCCGCUGUUUUCUUCCACGCUUUUGGGUAUGCGGUCGGUCUUUUUGUUCUUCCGUAUAUUUUUGGAGGAGAGCUCUGGCCCAACCAUCUUCGUUCUUUCGGUGGAGCUGUCAGUCAAACCUUCCACUGGCUCUUCAUUUACGCUAUAAAAUAUAGUAUUCCCUCGCUCCUUAAGACGAGUAACAACUGGGGAGCAUUUCUCUUCUUUGCUGGUUGGUGCUUUCUUGCAUUGAUAUACGUUUUCUUCAUGGUUCCAGAGCUCUCGGGACUCAGCGUUGAAGAGAUCGAUUAUCUGUUUAAAGGUUCUUGGUUUAACGCUUAUAAACGCGCUCGACAACAUCCUGUGAUUGACAGCGUUGAGACUGGGAAGUCCAAGCUUUCUACAGAAUCAAGUGGUAAGAAUCAAGUGCCUGAGCUGGAUUUGAUCAAGGUAACUCCAGGCCAUACCCCAGUCCCACACAAGUAG